AAUUCCACAAUGAUUACCGACGUGCAGCUAGCCAUAUUCGCCAAUGUCUUGGGGGUGACAUUAUUUUUAUUAGUGGUCCUUUACCACUACAUCACUGCAAAUGGUUCUAAAUCAUCUUUAUGAUAUUUUUGAGUACUGAAUGGUUUUGUUGUAAAGUUAUCACUUUUCUGCUUUAUAAUGUGAAGCAAUGGGAAUCAGCACUUAAAUAUUGACGACAAAGUAAUUUGUAAGAACUAGUGCAAGCCCCAAAAAUACCCUAUUAUAAUUUAGAUUAAGCUUAUCAAGAAUGUCUAUAAAAAUGGUGUAUAAUCUAAAUCUGACAUUCCUUAUAUCCAAAUUUAAUCCAUUUUUACUGUUGGGCCUGAAUGCUUGUAAUUUGUUUUCUACCACUCAUGUGUGAAAUGCACAGAUUUUUAUCUUGUUCUGUAAAUAAAUGAGUUUAUGAACAAGCA